AUGCCUGGAUAUGAAAAUAAGACAAAACGAAUAAAUAAUUUAUUACUCAAGUCAAAGUUAGUUGUUGGUAAUGAAGCCGAAGUUAGAAGUAACAGUUCUGGUGAGACAGCAAGUGACAGUGGUAGAGGUGCAAGCGAGGAUGAGAUCCAUCUUACAAUUUUAGCAGGUGGUGAUGGAAGCUAUAGAAAAUGUCAAGUAAGUUUAAGUCCCGACUUUGAAGAUUUUUUACCUCCACCGCCAUAUUGUUUUGCCGAUCAAGUUGACCAAUUAAAACAAAUUGCUUAUACUUCAACAUAUCCAAAACCUCGAGCCCCGAAAAAGGAAGGUCCUAGUGCCUCGCUACAUAAUAUCAGUAAAUAUACGAAAGACCAUAAACAAAUUCCUGGCACUGUUGGACACAUAAGAAAACACCCACUAGGUGGCUCUAGUGGAAGGAUCGUGUACAAACCAGCAGAUGCAGACAUAAGUGAAUACCCAACAAUUGAACUCAGUAAAAUAAAGUCUGCUGCUAAAGGGUACCCAUUUUAA